AAGUAAAAUCCUCGAGUUAUCGAAGCCUCUACUCGCGUUUUUAAAUUAUUUCCAUUGACAAAUCAAAAUAGCAAAGAACAAUCUUGAAAAUUGAUCCGUAAAAUUAAUUCGUAAAAUUAAUUCGUAAAAAUUUCUAUUUAGAAAAAAAAUUUCUUAAUAAAAUUUUCCUCCCACGCGUAAUAAUAAUAAUUUAACAAUCGACUCUUCGAUUCUCGAUUCUUGACGUAAAAUUUAUCAAUAACCGGCCACCAAACCCAGUCAUUGGCAGUUCCGUCAUCCUUUACGGGCUUAGCGUUCGCUCGGUUAAUAAUUUUAAUUUUUUUCCCCAAGUGUUGAAUAAUUAUUCUUUUUUUCGAGUUUUAUCGCUAAUUAUUACUCAUCAAACAUGGCAUCUGAAGGUGGUCUUGCACCAGAUGCUGCAGCGGGUGCAAAUGCUGAUGGGAUUGUCGGUGGUCCGCGAACACCCCAACAAAUAGCCUCACAAAAGCGUCUUCAGCAGACACAAGCUCAGGUCGAUGAAGUCGUUGAUAUUAUGAAAACUAAUGUCGAAAAGGUGUUAGAACGAGAUCAGAAACUUUCUGAGCUUGAUGAUCGAGCUGAUGCAUUGCAACAAGGUGCAUCACAGUUUGAACAACAAGCGGGUAAACUAAAAAGAAAAUUCUGGCUACAAAAUUUAAAGAUGAUGAUUAUCAUGGGAGUUAUCGGAUUGAUAAUUCUGGCCAUUAUUGUCGCUAAAUUCAUGCCGGAGUCUCAGCCAGCGCAGCAAGCAGGACCCGUUUACCAAUACGGACCACCACCAGGUGUCCCAGUGGCUCAACCAGGUGCUGCUCCUGCUCCCGCUGGCGGCGCUCCGCAAACUGCUCCUGCAGCUUACGUCGGCUCGCUCAAUGAUGGACUUUUCCGGCGCAGAGUCAUGUAAAA